AACAUUCUUUUAGAACUAAGGUGGUAGUAAAACUGCAGUUUGGGGGAUGACCCAAAAGUAUAAAGACCCAAAAUACAAAAGAGUAACGAAUCAGUAUACACGCAGAGCAUAGACGAGUGAAGAUGUCGUCUGAAGAUCCGUACGCUCAUGCCGUUCCGGCUAAAUUGAAGAUGAAAGGGGAUGGUGGCAUUAAGAAGAAAAAGAAGAACAAGAAGAAGGCUAAACAGCUGGUAGAGGAGAUAUCUCUCAUGGAGGAGAACGAAACAGAAGAAACGAAAUUUGAGGUUAAACGCACAAAGGCUGAAAUUGCGUUUCUGAAUAUGCGGGAGAAGAAUCAGACCAAACGAAUUCUGGAGAAGGCAACCGUUACGCACAAAGAGAAAGUGGAGAAGUUCAAUAGGGAUCUGGACAACCUUACCGAAUUCUAUGACAUUCCCAAAGUCUCUUGGACCAAAUAAACUUGAUUAUUUGUGUGCUGUCAAAAUGCGUUGUAAUAAAUACAGAAUAAUCAUAACCUUAAUUGACA